UCCAGCCCUCUGCUUUGCUGAGAAUGACAGCUCCAAUCCCAUCCAUUGCCUGAGGACCCAGUCAGAGAGUUUAAGAGGGAAGACCAGGCUGAACAGGGAUCAUUCCUCACACACGCUGGAUUCAAAGUGGUCCUGUCAUUCUCACCGUGUCCUUAACGGAGACUGAGAAACACCAUGAGCUUCAAAGGAAUACACCGUGGAUUCCUCAGGAAAUAUGGAGGAUUCGUGUUCAAACAGUGGAAGGAGCGGUACCUUGUCCUUACUGCUGAGGGCAACCUGCUGGUGUGUCGAGAUGCAGAUUCCCCCCCAGACCAGGUGGUGUCGCUGCAGAAGGACUGUGAGGUCAUCGCAGAGGGCAGGGAGAUCUUGGAUCUGCCCCGGCUGCCCCUGGGAGGCCGCAGAGACUGUUGCCUGGCGGUAAUAAUGACCCAGGACAAGUUCCUGCUGUUGCUGGCUGAAAAUGCCAAUGACUGCAGUCAGUGGCUGCACAUGCUGAGGAAAGUGAGAGAAAGUGUUUCUUCCCCCGCGUACCCGUGGAAACGACAAAAGAGCCCGACACCUUGCAUCACUGACAGGGACCCCUUCCCCGAACCCACUGACAAAGAACCAGUAGCAUCAAAGAUCAGUGAUGUGGGCCCCCCAGCCCUCCUGCUCAAUGACCAAGACAACCCUGCCAGCCGAAACACCUUUAACAGGGCCAAAGCAGCUAAAAUGUCCCAGCGGCCAGUGAGGAGUGGAACGCUGGGGCUCCCGCAACGAUCACCUGAUUGUCUUCGCCAUGGCAACAGCAGCGAUGCCCGGGCAGUGAGAGCAGUAUGCCUGCUGAUGGGUGGAGCUGCUGCUACCUCUGCCCUGGGCUACCUGGGCACUAUCUCUCCCACCCCACACACCACCAACACAGCAGACUUGACCGCAGCUGGAGACCUCUCAGGACUGGGAUCAGCGGGAGCACACCACACCUGCAGCCAGGCCGCUGACACCCCAAAUUUCCACAGCUUUGACUUUGAGGGUGACUCUGACUUUGACGCAUUUGAUUGUGGGGGAUUUGCCUUCUAAAGCAUAUCUUGAUAUAUUAACUUC